AUGCAACCUGAUUGCAACGACAAUGGAGCUGAGUUCCUUGAAGCAUCCAUUGAUACCACACUAUCGGAUUUCCUUCAAAACUCGUCGCAUGAAGAUCUUGACCAAUUCUUUCCACAUGGUCUAGUACAUUUCAACUCCAACUACGGAGAUGAUGAUCUUCAAAGCGAUCAAGUGACUCCACUGGAGGUUCAGAUCAACCAUUUUGAAUGUGGAGGAGUAGCGGUGGCAGUGUCGUUGUCACACAAGAUUGCAGACGGAAGCAGUUUGGUUCAUUUUAUAAACGAUUGGGCUAAUAUGACACGACGGAAAGAUCAUGAGUUCUCCAUUGAUGACCCCUUCUUUUUUCCUUUCCAAUACAUGAAUCUAAAUCCAAGUAGGUAUAUCAUAUCGAGACCUGAUGAUUGUCUCAUCACAACAAGGUUCAUGUUCCCCGGUUCAAAGAUAAACGAGCUUAAACUGAAAGUGAAAGCCAUGACAGCAGAAUCUGGUCAACCGAUCACAAACCCUACUCGUGUUGAAGUCUUGACCUGGCUGCUUUACAAGUGUGCAAUGGCAGCGGCUACUAAAAAUAAUUCAGGAUCUUUCAAACCCACUGGUGCUGUCCAAAUAGCAAACCUUAGAGGCUUAAUGAUGGAGCAGCUUCCGGAAAAGAGCAUUGGAAAUUUGAUAAUGCCCAUGGAGAUUCUAAUAAACAAGGAAAGUGAAAUGAACCCCGAGUCAUUCAUUAGUGGGUUCAAGAAGCAAAAAAUGCAAUUCAAAUCCCUAAGAAAUAUUGAAACUGUCUUUGGUGUUCUACACAGUGAUUUAGAAGAACAGCUAAGAAAAGUUGAUGACGUUUAUAUCUUUACAAGCCUGUGUGGAUAUCAUGCAUAUGAGAUUGAUUUUGGGUGGGGAGAGCCUAUAAAAGUAGCCCUUGCCGGAGUUGCGAGGAAAAAUACCUUUAUUCUUACAGAUGCCCCGAACAAGGAUGGUAUUGAAGUACUCAUGUGUUUGGGAGAGCAUGACCUUGCCAUUGUUCAAAGUGACCCCGAACUUCUUGCCUUUGGCUAUUUUUAG